AAUGCAAUGUCGCGAUCAGGGCGUACAAGUUGAGACCAGUUUAAGGCAACGCAAACCGGUUCUUCGAGAUCAACGUUGUUUUGGCGAUCACAUGACCGCUAUGGUGAAUUCGGCAAGUCUGAAAAACCUCAGCAAAAUAACAACAAGUCAAGUGCUGCCCUCCACCGCGUCUAGCUGUUAUGAGUUUCCCUACAGACUGCAACAGGAACAACAGCACCAUAAACGCCAUCGAUAUCCGCAACGCUAUGCACAAUUUCAAGAACUAGAUCCACAGCCAUUUAAGUACAGUUAUCAAUGCAGCAAUGCAAACAACAACACCAACGAGGACAAAGCAAUUCCGAGUGAGUUGCAUGAGAUGAAAUAUGACGUCCACCACACAUUGAAUGAUGACUGCGAACAAAACAUUGAAGUUCAUCAUUGUAUUGAGGAUGGUUGCAUGCAACGUGGCGUCAGUACCAUCGCCGAUGGCACUAUCGACGGCCCUAAGACAAUGGCACAGCCGACGUGUUUGCAUACGAUGCGUUCACAAAGGCUUUGCAACAAUGGCGGUGACUUGAAGACGACAGUUCUGCCACGGCUAGAAUGUCGCAACGAGUCGCCUAUGAGGCAGCAGGAGCGGCAGCAACAUAUGACACAAAUAGUGCAAGCACCACAGUUUGGUUUACCCACAGUCGAGGAAGUGGAGUUUAAAGCCAUCAAGGGUCGCAAGCUUCUCAUAUUUGGUGGCAUUGAUCCGUACUGUCAGCAUUGUCAGCAUGAUAAAGUUAUGGCGUUGCAACAACAGCAACGCAAGCGAAUACAGGCGUUGGGUGGCAGCGAUGCUGAUAUUUUGGACCCGUUACAUUACCAUAAUGGCAUGGGCGGUUGCAGCGCUUGCGGCGGUCUUAAUCCGCAGCUCAAUCAGCUGGAUAAUUUUGGCGAUCGUGUGUUGUACUACGAUGCUGGCGCUUUGCAGUGGAAACAUUUGUGUUAUCUGCCCUUCGGUUCACGUCAUCAUCACGCAGCUGUUGUUUGCAACGGACUCAUCUAUAUUAUAGGUGGCACUAAGACGGCGCUAGGUUGCACUAAGAAGUCGAUAUUCGAAAAAUCAGUCUGGAGCUUCGAUCCGUUGACUCUGAAGUGGACAUUCGAGAGUAAUUUACCAGAGUUGCGACGCGACUUUGCGGCGAUUGUGUCUGAUGAGUAUUGUGGUGGCGAGGUGGCGUGCGAGCAUUGCAAGGGCAUAAGAGAACAGCACAAUCAAAGGAAUGUCAAAGCAGUUAACGGUUUCUUCGUGAUUGGCGGCGAAGGAGUGAAUGGCACGGCUUUGCGCACAGUGUGGUAUUACAAUGUUCUGCGCAAAACAUGGAAGAAGAAAGCCCCUUUGCAUGUGGGUCGCUACGGCUUGAUGGCUGCUAUGGUGAAUAACGAGAUUUGGAUAGCUGGCGGCAUAAUCGAAACCAAAACGAGAGCAUCCGACAACUAUGAUGGCUUCGUCGCUACUUCAAUGCCGACCGUCGAUGGUAAUACUCAAGGUGGCAGGGGUGCUGCGAUGGAUGGUGCCGCUGAUGAUGGCGUUGCCAGAGAUGACAAUGGUAGUGGUGACAGUUUUGCUGUCGAGGCAACAAAAAGUGCAGUCGUGGAUGUAAUCACCGAUACGAUGGAGUAUUACAGUUUGAAGUGUGCUUACAGCGACGAAUACGUUUCGGAUGUGCCAAUGGCUAAAGUCAAUGAUGUGAAUGGUGAUGCUGUCGAUGUUGCUAGUGCUCAACCCACUAUUGGACGGAUGGGUAGAAGCUUGGAGAGUGGACGUUGGAUUAAAGCGAAGCAGCGUUUGCGAAUACCCCGAUUAUUUGGCAAAUUCUGCAGACCUUCGGACAACGAACUGUACCUUGUUGGUGGCAUAGGAUUUGAUUCUAAUAAUAUACUCACAUCGUUAUCCUCCGUUGACCAUUACGACUUUGGCGAAGGUCAUUGGCAUCAUUAUGGCGAUAUUAAAUGGGCCAGACAUGGCCAUGAUAUUGCCGCACUUAAUGACCGAAUUGUUAUUGUUGGCGGCGUCUCGACCAUGAAGAAGUGCACGCUGACUAAGGUGGAAACGUUUUGCAUGAAAACGCGCAGAAGCUUCAAGGAUAUGCCGGAGUUGCCGUGGCCGUUGUCUGGUUGCGUGGUGCUCGCCAUGGAUUAA